GAAUCCGUUUGGUCAAAGUGCCAUCGGAAACCUCUCCUGCGGCACAGACAGCCAAAGCCACAGCGCAGCCCAACGAUGUCAGGGCAUCGCCUGAUCACCCCACCGCCGUAGUGUACUUGGUGCUGUGGGUACUAACAAUUGGCGUGUUUGUUUUGUCUAAGGUAUGA